GAUCGUGAUGAAUGACAUGCGCCCGGAUGUGGUGGAAGAAGCCAUGAAAACGCAGCGGGAGAUGGCUGUCGGGAUUUGAGUAUCCUCGUCAUUCGAGGGGCUGGCGGCCAGACUGUGAGAAGGUGGGCAGCGGUAGCGAGCAGAGUGCUGUACGCUCUGUCCAGAGUGGAUGACGAGUCGCCGGAGAACUGCCGAGUCUUGCAAACCUCAGGGUGAAGAGAUGAUCCCCAUGGAGAAGGUCGAGAAGAUGGCGUCCGAGAAGGCGAGGCAAUUCGACAGCGGCAAGCAGACGACAGUGCGGCGUAGUCAAUGCCGUCUGCGCGUGUCGUCACCGGCAUUGAGGACGUGCGAAUGGCGAGAAGUGCUCGAGGUCAGGCGGGCGACAGGAGAUGGAGGAGAUGGACCGGGUGCUCGUCAUAAUCGUGCAUGUCGUUCCAGAGAUUGUUCGGUUGGGUACCUCGGGAGGACGAUGUGUGUUCUCGGUAUCAACGCCGUCUCUUUCUCGUCUCCAUCUCUUCUGCCUCCUCUUGCAUCAUUCUCCAGCCCAUCCAUAAUCUCCACCACCGCGCGGGGUAAGGUCGGGGUCGGCGGAAUCACGGCGGGACAUUUCGCAGAGAGAGGACGCGGCUGUGGCACCACCGUUCAAGUGAGAUAUGCGGUGGGCGGUCGAUGUGGCGGGCGAUGCGGAGGGCCGCGUGAAGAGGCGAAGUGGCGGUGUGAUGAUGAAAGUUGUUUGUGGGAGGCAGCAAAAGAGUUGGGGUUAUGCAAGUAGAGUUUGAUUCGCAACUUCCGCGGCGAAUGCCAAAUGAGGAACACGACAAAUCGCCAGUACGAAUCGAGCAUGAAUUAUUACAGUGCUUCUUGAAGUUUCUCCACCUCAUCUACAUCUUGGUGAUGGAUGAGAUGGCCAGGAUAGCCU